GAGAAGUAGAAGUGAUGGAGGCGUUGAGUUCACCGCCUCUUUGGAGCUCCAUCGCCACCGGCACAGUGCGUAGAGGAUCCUUGGUGGAGGUGGCGCCCGCAGUGGUGACGGGGCGCAGCAGAUCCGUCCGCGGCUCCGUGGCUGAGGUGAUAGAGGUGAGUGAGGAUGGGAUGUUUGUCGACCUCCAGCUGCUGCGGAAGAGGGACCUCGAGCCUUUCAAGAGGCCUGCGGAGGGCAUCAAAAGGUCAGCCGGAUGCGUCAUUUGGCAAUGCAUCGUCCUUGCAUGCAUGCACUCUCUGUUUGGGUGUGGAUGCGUCUGUUUUUAGAGGUGUGCUUCGAGAUGCCAUCGUCAGCGUGCUGCAGCCGGUAGGUCAGAUGGCUGCGGCUGCCACUGCGCACCCCAGACUUCGCUCCGCACUCUCAUCACGAGGGCCCGCCCAAUCCCGAUCCCCACUCGCGGCUGGCUCGGCAGACAAAUGGUGCCGACUGACUGUGCCGCCAUCCGGCGCCCUUUUCAUCUUCUGGGUAAGAAACCUAUACGCCAUGUCUCGCUGUGGUUUGCCCAUGGGUGUGUUUCCUCAUGUAGGAUUUGGAGACCAAUGAGGGAUGCAGGCUGUGUAAUGCCAUCACCCAGAUAGCUGCGGUGGCGCGGCUGUUUAGGGGUGGAGAGUUUGCGGGCAUCGGCGCACCCGACUACGAGCGGUACGUCACGACGGGCGCCCCCAUGAACACCGUGGCGAGCAAGAUGACGGGCAUCACCAAGACUCUGCUCAGCAGACAAGGUAGGUGGCAACACGACACACGAGAACGCACGUCUGUUCGUCAUGUCUUCCUACGUGUUGCAUCAGGCGUGUCGUUGCGUGAGGCCUUGUUGGCCUUCGAGCAGUGGGUGCAGUCGGUGCACCAGCACAUCCUCCCACUGCCGGCACCCUCAUCCCAUCUGCCGAUCGGCGAUGACGGGGACGACGAGCUCCAUGACGCCAUGUCCGAGCCAGAGGACGAUGGCGUGGACGGGGAGGGGGAUGGUGUGAUGCCGGUGGUUAUGGUGUCGCAUCGCGGGUUCAUCUGCGACCUGCCGCUGCUGUUCCAGUCGGUGGACAAGACGCUAAACGUCAAGGGCCCCGACUUCCUGCAGGUACUGAGGGAUUGAAGGAUGUGUCUCACGUCGUGGAGGCGUGUGUCUCUCUCUUCGUGGGUUUGUCGUCGACCAGCGUGCGGGCGUCUUUCAUGUUGCUGACUCGUACUAUGUCGCCCUCGAUAUGCGCCAGAAGGGAAAGGCAUUCACAGGUAAUGAGUGAUCGGCCACCGAUUCAUCGAUGGAUGUGUGCGCCUAUGGGCAGGUCGUGAGAGCCUGGGUCUGUCCGAGCUGCACACCCGGCUGGUCGGACGACCACAUGGCAACGCACACAAUGCCCUCGGUCAGUGAGCGAUGAGUACACAGACCGUCCAGAGGCUCUGAUCAAUCCAUCAUGGUGCCUGCCUGCCUGCCUGCAUGGCUGGCUUCCUGUAGGUGAUUCGCGGGCGUUGGCUGCCGUCUGUGGGCGCGAGCCGCUGCUAGGUGCGUGGCGAAGCGAGAAGGUGGCCAUGCGUGUGAGCGACUACGUGCGUGAGAAGCAGCAGAGAUCGUGAGCUGCCGUGGCCAUGGAUGGAUGGGGAGAGAGAGAGAGAGAGAGAGGGAGAGAGAGAGGGACAGGGGGAGAUGGAUGGAU